UAUAACCAAUUUAUUUAGUAGAAUUAACCCAGCAUUGCAGUUAAAAAAAAUUUACACAGAAUUUGGUCUGAAUAUAUAACCCAUCUAGCUGGGUUGAAUAAGAAACCCAUCUUGCUGAGUUAAAUUAACACAGCAUUGCUUUGGUCCAAUAGUUACCCAGCAUAUUUUAAAAUGUAGUCAUAAAACAAUAUGCCCAUCAAAUACAUUCAAGUUUUGAUAUGAUGAUCUUAAGAUCACAUCAAUGACUAUUUAAUUCUGAGAAGAGCUGCACAAUAACUGUUUUAUGGCCCACAGCUCGCUUUUGUUUGGCCCUCGACAUGUUCUAAACAUUUUAUGAAUUCAUUAUUAAAGAGGUGUAUUAGAUAUAACACUGAGAUCUGUUUGCUUUGUCACUUAUAACACAAAAUCUACGGUAACACUAUUUUUUAAACUAAUUUGUACUGAUGUACAGUACAUUGAAUUGGUUUGAGCAUUUUUAAUGUACAAAGUAUCAGAGUGUUCUCAUUUUUCAGUAUGCGGCGCUCUGUGAAAAAGUUUGAACACCCCUGGCUAAAGGUAUUGCCAAAUAUACAAAAAUGUAAUAUUUAAGUCUGAUUUAUAUACUAAAUUUAAAAAGUGUAUACAGCCACACUGCAGUAUUCCUUACAUCAAUUGUUGUUGAAAACAAUUCUGUUUUUAUUUCCAAGUGUAAAAAUCUAUUAUUCUCUUCCCAUACACACAAUUGAAGGUUCAUACUGUAUAUCACCAUCACAUCACAUUUUUCUUUGUGGUGUGUGUGUGUGUGUGUGUGUGUGUGUGUGUGUGUGUGUGUGUGUGUGUGUGUGUGUGUGUGUGUGUGUGUGUGUGUGUGUGUGUGUGUGUGUAUCUAAGAGAGAGACUUGAUAAAUAUGUAAUUUUGGAUUUAGAUUUACCAUUUGAACAGUGAAUGUGUUUAAAUAAAGAUUUUGUAGGUAAAAUGUACAGUGUUGUAUUUAAUGACUUCUUAUUUAACUCAAGAUACAUGAGUUGGGUGGUAUUGAAGCUCACUGGUUGUGAUGAUAUUAGUUCACAGUAAAUCAUUUUUUAAAAAGUAUAUUAAAUCCCGAACAAGUCUGAGGCAAGUGAUUCAUAUUUAAAUUUUGAUUACAGUGUUUAUAGUCACAUUUUCCACAGGUCAGGUAGGAUCUGUAAUAUUUCAUAUAGGCUGUGGUGUAAUGAAAAUGUAUGCUACUGUAUGUUGACAUGAAUCUUAUUGAAUUGUACUGCAUGACCUCAAAAAAAAUUGUGUCUCUGUGUGUAUGAUGUUUUUGCGAGUGUGAGUCUGCACAAACAUUGCAAAAAAGGAAUUGAUCAAAGUAAAACGUGCUGAUAGUGAAAGGCCAGUUUGAAGUUUAACUGCUGAAUAACUUCUAUUAAUCUUUGAACUUUGGAGUGCAAUAACACUAUAAAGUGAAAUGUCUUUCCAUUUAUAUUUUGUUACUUAAUAAAGUGCAUGUGUACGUUCUUGAUGCUGGAGGUUGCUCUUGAAAUGUGUACCGAACAAUAACCUGACACUUCAAAUGUGCUGUAAUUUUAAAGAUGACAACCCAGCUUGGAUUGCAAGACAUUUUUUAACGACAAGCUAAAGUUCAUGCUCGUGGUGGAUAUUUGUCCUUGUCUGAACGCGAGCAAACUUGACCGUUGCCCUCUCUUAUCUACAACGUGGUAAUACAGCCUGCAAACGAAAUGAUUCUCAUUUAAUGUCAAGGACUCCCACGAUGAAGCAGAGCUCCGGCAGCCUGCGGGUGAAAUUACCUGCUUUUGUGUUUGCGGUGGAGGUGAUGAUUUUGGGUCUGUUCGCCACAUUUGUCACGUAUGAUGACCAAGCUGAUGCCAGAUUCCAAACCAACGAGACCAAACCCAUGGACAAUGCCGUGUACAGAGACUACCCUUUUUUCACAGACAUUCAGGUGAUGAUUUUCAUCGGUUUUGGAUGCCUGCUGGCAUUCUUCCGACUCUACGGCUUUGGGGGGAUGGUUUUUAAUUUUCUGGUGGCUACUUUUUCCAUCCAAUGGGCCAUUCUGGUGCAAGGAUUCUUCCAGUUCAGCCAUGAUGGUCAAAUUUACCUUGGAGUGACCAAUCUCAUAAAUGCAGAAUUUGCCUGCGCUGUGGUGCUCAUCUCCUUCGGGGCAGUGUUGGGAAAGACAAGUCCGUUGCAGCUGCUGGUCAUGGCUCUGCUGGAGGUGCCCGUGUUUGCGGUCACAGAAUGGGCUGUGCUGAAGUACCUGAAGAUAAACGAUGCAGGGGGCUCCAUUCUCAUCCACCUCUUUGCUUGUUACUUUGGCUUAGGGGUCACUUUUGUGCUGUACAGACCUCGCCUGAAUGACGGCCAUGCAAAGCAGAGCACCAGCUACCAGUCGGACAUCUUGUCUCUGAUGGGAACUUUGUUCCUCUGGGUCUUCUGGCCCUCCUUCAACUCAGCAUUAACGCUGAAAGGCGAUGACCAGCACAGGGCCAUCCUGCACACCUUUUUAGGCCUUUGCGCUUCCACUAUCACAGCGUUCGCUCUGUCUGCUUUAAUCAACAAAAAAGGCAAACUCAGCAUCGCAGACAUCCAGAACGUGACCCUGGCUGGAGGCGUGACAGUCGGUGCAUCCGUCGACAUGAUGAUUUCACCCGCAGCUGCGUAUGUCCUUGGUAUGCUGGGCUGUACCGCAUGCAUGCUAGGAUACAAAUACUUGAGCCCCUUCUUAGCAAAACGCUUCAGAAUUCAGGAUCAAUGCGGAAUACAUAACUUGCACGGCCUAACAGGACUUAUAUCUUGCACUGCAGGGAUUUAUGCCAUAAUGAUGGCGAGGGUGGAAGUGUAUGGUCCAAGUUUUUAUGAGAUCUUUAGCCACAGAGCCCCAGAAGAAGGAGACCCCAAGCUUAUUGAGCUCCAGGCAUUGAUACCUGGUUUGCAGCCAGGUUUAGGUCGGACUGCAGGAGAACAGGCUCUUUUCCAGGUAGCAGCUGUCAUCUCCACUAUUGGAGUGUCAGCUGUAGGGGGCAUGCUCACAGGUGUUGUCCUCAAAAUGCCUUUUCUGGCGUCACCCACUGAUGAUUUAUGUUUUGAUGAUCAGGUGUAUUUUGACCUGCCUCUGGAUCAUUAUUCACCUCUAAAACUGACUCAAGACAUUGAUAAAGAGGAAACUGUUGCCUAACAUGACCAGCUUUCAAAGAUAAGAAAUAUUUUUUUAAUUAUUAAUAUGUAUGUAUAUGUACAUGUAUCAGUUAUCAUUAUGAGUAAAUGAAGCUUAUGUGCAAUAUUUUAGUUUUAAUGGGAAAAAAUGGAGAACAGCUUAACUUAUCUAGUAUUUGUUAGAGUGCUAUUUCAAGGUCUGUAUGCAAAUUUGUUUGGUAAAAUUAACAUAAAAUGUGUUCAAGUUA